AUGAACUUGAGGGUGCUGGUUGGGACUACGGCACGCCCCUGGGCAACGUGCAUCGACUCGCCGAGCACUGGCGGACAAAGUACAGCUGGGAGGUCCAUUAACAAAUUACCCAACUUCAUCACCAGCAUUUCCGUAGAAGGGUUUGAUCCGGUGGACGUGCACUUAGUCCACAGGAAGAGCUCGGCUAAGCAUGCGAUUCCUCUGGUAUUCGUUCAUGGAUGUGGGCCAGGAAGCUUCCUUGAAGUGACCAAGCUUCUGCCUCUCCUGAGCGAUGCGGAGAAGGACAAUGGGCCCGCAUUCCAUAUAGUUGCUCCGUCCUUGCCUAACUUCGGCUUCUCAUCUGUAGUUAAAAGGCCUGGCUUCGGGAUGAAGCAAUACGCAGAGACAUGCCACAAGCUCAUGCUAGCUUUGGGCUACGAGCAGUACGGUUUCCUCAUUACCCGGGUCAUGGGCCAACCGUAUCCAUCUCAUCUCACAGCUUCCCACAUCAACAUGGUCGUAUCGCCACCACCGUCUUGGAAGUCUCCGUUUUCUUUCGUCACAAUGCUGACCCGCUAUAUGCUCGGGAUGUACAGUGCUGCCGAAAAGGCCGGACUAGAAGCCUUCCAAAAGAACGGAAUGGGCUACUACGCUGUCUACCCCGUUGGGCUCCUCGCGUGGAUGUACGAGAAGCUGCAUGGGUGGACGGACAACUACGACUGCCUGUACUGGUUCAGCACAGCGGGUCCUGCGGCUAGUGUUCGCAUCUACUACGAGUCUCAGAAGGGCGAGUUUCCUGCUUUCGGGAGCAAGUAUGUCCCGGGAGUGAAGCUAGGCCUUGCGUACUUCCCAAAAGAGAUCUGCCGUCUUCCAAAGACCUGGGGAUCUGGUAUGGGCGAAGUGGUGUGUGCCCGGGAGCAUGACCGCGGUGGACACUUUGCGGCGUGGGAGCUGCCCGGAAGCAUAGCUGGUGACUUGAGAAUCAUGUUCGGAAAGGGAGGGGGUGCGUAUGGUGUUGUUGAGGGCGCGUCCGGGUACGACUAG